GGUUUAUUUUGCUGUAACACAGCUGCCAUGGCUGUCAGAGCGCAGCUGCAGCAGCUAAUGUCGAGUUAUUUCUUUUCUUUUUAGCUGUUGGUUGCGUUUUAGCAGCAAUUUUGAUGUGAUGUCAGAUAAACGUCAGCGUGCCAGAGUCCAGGGCUCCUGGGCCAAACCGCUGCCAAAACCCUCAGUACCAACAGGUGUCGUUCAAAACAGCCAGCAGCCCAAACCUGCCCCCCCAGCUGCCACUUCUUGGGGAUGUGGGCCACAGAAAACACCGAAGACUUUUGAGUUUCACCAGCCAGCGAAGCCGGUCAGAGACGUUCCACCAGAGAGGGUGAUCGAACAGGCAGGAGACCAUGAGAUCAGCCUCGGACCGUCAGGAGUCUCCAGGCUCCGUCUGCUGCCGGGAUUCCUCCCUCCUGAAGACGCUGACUGGAUGUUCAGCCGGCUGCUGGCAGAGCUGCCCUGGUCCCAGAAGACCAACCUCAGACAGGGUGAGGCGUACGAGGAGCCGAGGCUGACUUGUUGGUACGGAGAACUUCCCUACACCUACUCUCGCUCCACCAUGGCUGCUAACACACAGUGGCAUCCGGUGCUGUUGAGCCUCCGUGCGGCCGUGCAGCAGGCGAGCGGCUGCAGCUUCAACUCUCUGCUGUGUAAUCUUUACCGCGACGGACACGACAGCAUCGGCUGGCACAGCGACGACGAGGCGUCUCUGGGACUCAAACCAACCAUCGCCUCCGUCAGCCUGGGAGACACCAGAGUGUUCAGCCUCCGCAAGCAGCCGCCGCCGGAGGAGAACGGGGACUACACCUACGUGGAGCGGAUCCGGGUUCCUCUGAGUCACGGCACGCUGCUGCUGAUGGACGGAGCCACACAAGAUGAUUGGCAGCAUCAAGUGGCUAAAGAGUACCAUGACCGCGGCCCGCGCAUCAACCUGACCUUCAGAACCAUCCACCCGGAGCCAGAGGGCCACCGGCCGGGAUCCAAGCUGAGAUCCACAACCAAGUAAAGUCUCUCAGAGUCUCAGAGUCACGCUGCUGCUAGAGCUGAGAACCAGACUUUAGAUCAUUAAUGAUGGAGAGAUUUAGCCACACUGCAAAAAAAUGUGUCUAAAAACCAGAUAAAGACACUAAAUCUGAGGGAAAUGAUCUUGCUGCAUGGACAGAUAAUUUACCUUGACAAGAUUUAUUAAAUUAACAUUAUUAAAUCUAGAAAUAAGCAUGUUGAACACUUAAAAUAAGAGAUUAACUCUUAAAACAAGAUAAAUUAAAGCUGCCAGCAGUGAUGAACUGGCCCGAGCAGAGUGACCUGAUGAUUAUUUGGUUCUUACCAAGAUAAAAAAAACUUUAGAUUUAGAAGUGUUAGAUAAUUUAUGUUGUUUUAAGAGUUAAUUUCUUAUUUUAAGUGUACAACAUGCUUAUUUCUAUAUUUAAUUUAAAAAAAACAGGGAAAAAAAGUCAGAAAAACAGAAAAAAAUGAGACAGAAAAACAGGGGGAAAAAAUUACUACGAAAAACAGGAAAAAAAUUACUACGAAAAACAGAAUAAAUACUCUGAAAAACAGAAAAAAUUGUCAGAAAAACAGAAAAAAUUGUCCUUAAAAUAAGAAAUUAACUCUUAAAACAAAAUGAUUUGUGUCUUACCAAGAUAAAAAAAAAACUUUAGAUUUAAAAGUGUUUAAUAAUUUAUCUUGUUUAAAGAGUUCAUUUCUUAUUUUAAGUGUACAACAUGCUUAUUUCUAGAUUUAAUUUAAAAAAAACAGGGUGAAAAAAGUCAGAAAAACAGAAAGAAAAGUCAGAAAAACAGAAAAAAAUUAGACAGAAAAACAGGGGGAAAAAUUACUACGAAAAACAGGAAAAAAAUUACUACGAAAAACAGAAUAAAUACUCUGAAAAACAGAAAAAAAUUGUCAGAAAAACAGAAAAAAUUGUCCUUAAAAUAAGAAAUUAACUCUUAAAACAAAAUUAUUUGUGUCUUACCAAGAUAAAAAAAAAUUAGAUUUAAAAGUGUUUAAUCAUUUAUCUUGUUUUAAGAGUUACUUUCUUAUUUUAAGCGUUCAACAUGCUUAUUUCUAGAUUUAAUAAUCUUAAUUUAAUAAAUCUUGUCAAGGUAAAUUAUCUGUCCAUGCAGCAAGAUCAUUUCCCUCAGAUUUACUGUUUUAUCUGGUUUUUAGACACAUAUUUUGCAUUGCAAACAUGGCUCCGUCUUUCUCCUUAAAGUCUAGUCUCAGUGUGAAUAACAGCUCUCUGCAGCUGAAGUCACCUGCUGAUAAUUGAACCAUAAUAACUGCAGUCGUGACCAGCGGUGAUUAUCAGAUAUCAGUGUUUUCAGAGAAGCUGAGCAGAAGAACGGGUCAUAAUGAAGAUUUACAACUCUGCAUAUGACUUAAACUUAUGUAUUCACAUUCAGCUGUUUCUGCACAUUUGAGUCAAUAAUCGUCGAUGUGAUUUUGGGUGAAAUGACGGAAGGAACUUGCUUUUUCUUUGGGAGGUUUUUUGGUUUUGGAGAGAAGGUAGUCUGUAUAAAAAGAGAAGGAACAAGUAAAGUGGCCACUUUAGUAAUUCAGCCUGUAAUUGGUCUGAUUCUGCUGCUCAACAAGAUCCGUCUGUUCACUCCCUCAAAGAGCUGCUUCAGGUUUAAAACCUCCAGGUUACCAUCAGCCACAGUCCUUAAAGUUCACCUGAGGAGACACACACACACACACACACAUUCUUGUACUUCUAUCUUUGUGAGGACCCUCAUUGUAACAGUGAAUUCCCUUGCAAGGUUAUAAUAGUUUUGGAUUUUUCAUUAGUUUUCGUUUUAUUUUGUUGUAAAUUUUUGUUUUCAAAUUCAGUUAUUUUUAAUUAGAUAUUAGAAUGAGUUUGCUAGUUUUAGUUUAUUUUUCAUUUUAUUGAAAUGCUUUAGUUUUAGUUUAGUUUUUAUUAGUUUUAGUUUUUUGUAAUGGGGUAUUUGUUGGGUGGGAGAUUAAAAGAGGUCACAGUAAAUUUUGCCUUUAUUUCCUUUGUCUGACCCAUCUUCAUUAUGUAUGAAAAAAAAGUUGACAAAGAGGAAAAUGAAGGAAAUUUUCACUAUAAUUUUAGUUAGUUUUGUAACCACACAAUACAGUUUCAGUUAAUUAUCAUUAUCAUGUAACCUUUAACCCUUAAAACAAAGUCUGAAAUCUCAAAAAAGCCUUUAAAGAAGUGAGGGCAAAAAUGUCCUCACUCUGUUGGUUAAAAACGUGUUCCGGUCCUCACUAUGUGGGAAGUACAAGAACACACACACACACACACACACACACAGUUUACCUUUCUCAAGUUGCUGCAUCUUCCACUGAAAAACAACAUAUUGCAAAUAUUUUUAUUUACUUUUUAUGUGCAGAAACGUACACUACAAAAUUAAAAUGCAGGAAUAAGUUUAAAUAAGUCAUAAGUAAAAUCAAUCUGUGUAUCAUUCGUUCUUUCCAUUUUCAAUUGGCAAUCAGAAAUCAAAUAAUGAAAAAUUGACUGGUUAUUUUGUUAUUUGUUUUUUAUUAUAAUACAAAAAAACGGGAAAAAAAUGCUUGUUUUUUUCAUAUUUCAAUAUUAGAGAUCAAAAAUACGAAAUGGAAAAACGGGCACCAGGACUGAAUUUUAUUUUAAUAUUUAAUUGGUCGGGUUGACGGCUCACUUGACCAACAGUUUAACUUCCGGGUCACGUAAACAGAACGAAUGAUACACAGAUUAAAAUCAACAAAACCAAAACAGUUUUCUAAUGCACAUUUAAAUCAGAACAAACAAAAUAACUAAUUAUUACAGAUUGUUUCUCUGUUUCAGGGAGUUCCAAGUCAAUCUUGCUGCGUUUGACCCUAUAAAAACCUUCAGUGGUUCCACUGAUUGAUUAAUAAAAACAUAUUCUGUGUAUGAAAUGUAUAAUUGAGGUACAGCUGUACAGCUAACAACAGGAAAUCAAGGGACGUUACCUGCAUAACUGUUUUAAUUUGCAAGUUGACGUUUUUUUUUUUUUUUGAUUGAAUUGAUCUUUGAUUGAUCAAAAACAAUUCAAACUAAACCAAGAAGUCCAUUUCUGUACAACAAACAACCUAAAGAAUCAGACAAACACAUUCACAUGUUAAUAAUGGGAUACAGUGGUAAAAAAGAGCCUGAAUUAAACUAAAGAAACAGAAAUAAAGCACUUAAAAUGUUGAGAUUCCUGUGUUUUCAAAGCUAGAGUAAGGAUAUUUUUAUUUUGGCAGAUUACCAGAGCUCCUUUAUAUGGACAGUUUUAGAUGCUAUAACAUGAAAUUAGCAUCUAAAACUGAAUCAAUGAAGGAAAAUCUGAAUGUUAGAGGUGAUACAAACAGAUUUAUCUGAAAAUGUGACAGGAUUUCUGUUAUUCUGUAACUCUGAAGAGAUGAAGGAGGUGUUCUAGUUCUGUGGUUCUGAUGAUAAACAUGAUAAAGAAACAGGAGAAAGAAUCACCAAUACAGUUAAAACAUAAAGUGUGUAGUUGCUAAUCGAGGAUUUUGAGAUUCCUGUCGAUUUAAGUUAUUAAUAUUUACUUUUCUCUUUUGGGUUGAUCACCAGAGCAACUUUUUAUGAAUGAAUUACUUUGUUUUUUCUUCCAACAUGACACUUUGCAAUUGCAAUUGCAUGAAUUAAUGAAAAUCCAUUUGUUAAGGAAGGAAAACUGCUUUAACUGCCCUCUAACUGGCAGGAUUUCUGUUUAUUUUCUAAUGAGAAACAGGAAGUGUUCUUCUUCUGUGGUGUUGAAAUAAACUGUUGCUUCUCUGA